AUGCCACCCAUACUCAAAGGCAGGCUUUUGUUCUUCGACGAAACAGCUUGGGACCGAGCAGAUGACCUCCUGCAAGGAUGGAAGAACAAGCUCUUCACGACAGAAAGCAUCCAAAGAAUCACCGACCUCCUAUCACAUAAAGCCAGCCCGCCCUACCGACUCUUUCCACCCCAAAAGGGCUCCUUCAACAUGGUGAUCCGUCUCCAGUUCACCGAUACCACCUCCUCAAUAAUCCGCUUUCCAAUCCCCGGCUACUCAAUAUUUCCCAAAGAAAAAGUCGCCGCCGAAGUCGCCGUGAUGCGCUUCCUCCAAAAAACCUCCAUCCGCGUCCCCCAAAUCCACAUCGUCGACUCAGACCCCAUCCUCGGCCCAUACAUAAUAAUGGAGUACAUCGAGCAUGACUCAGAUCUAGUAGACGCCCUAAACACACCCACCAUCCCAAUAACAGACCGGCCAGUCCUCGAUCCAGCCAUCGACGAAUCCCGCCUCCGUUACGUCUAUGGCCAAAUGGGCGGCCUGCUCCUAGAGCUCACGAAGCACGAGUUCCCAUCUAUCGGCAGUCUCACGCAGUAUCAAAACGAAUGGGUCAUCAAAGACCGGCCGCUCAGCAUCAACAUGAACGAGCUUGUUCAAGUGGGCUGUGUCGAUCCGGACGAUCUCCCGCAUGGUCCGUUCGAGAGUGGAGCGGGGUACAUUGCUACCCUUGCAGAGCUGCACAUGACGCAUUUGUCGGCGCAGCGGAACGACGCCAUUGAAGACGCAGAGGAUUGUCGCGUCAAGUAUAUUGCACGCUGUCUGUUUCGGCGGUUAGCGAGGGAGAAGCGGCUCACGAACCCUGCGUUUGAGGGGUCUUUUCGGUUGUUCUGUGAUGACUUGCGGCCUGCGAAUGUGCUGGCUUGUCAGGAUAGCAUUGCUGCUGCUAUUGAUUGGGAGUUUACUUAUGCGGCACCGUUGGAGUUUGUGUAUGCGCCGCCUUGUUGGCUUUUGUUGGAGAGACCGGAGUAUUGGGAGGGGGGAAUUGACGAUUGGGAAUGUGCUUAUGCUAGCAGGUUGGAGAUAUUUUUAGAGGAGUUGGAGGAGCAGGAGGAGGAGAAAAUUAGGGAAGGCUUGUUGAGGGAGGAUCAGAGGCUUGCGGGGCAUAUGAGGAAGAGUUGGGAGACUGGUGACUUUUGGGUUAGUUAUGCGGCCCGGCGAAGUUGGGCUUUUGAUAUUGUUUACUGGGCGAGGAUUGAUAGGAGAUUCUUUGGAGAGGGAGACUUGGAAGACCGGGUUGCUUUGCUGACGCAGGAGGAAAGGGAUGACAUGGAUGUGUUUGUCAGUAGAAAACUGCAUGAGAUGGAAGUUGGUGGGCUCAAGAGUAGGUAUGGGUCACCGACAGAGUGA